UCUGAUUAAACAUAAAUAUGCUCAUCCAUUGAAAAUUGAGCGUUCUUUGAGCAACCUAUCAAAUAUGGUCGAUCAGAGGAAUCCUGAAAAUAUAUCCUAUGAAUGUCAAAUGGAAAAAACUCUACAAAAAUUGCAUGAUGUUGUACAAUUGAGACAAAAAUUACUUCUUGAACGUGCUACAUUAAAAUCUCAACUUGAUAAAUUAUUACAAAGAUCUGUAAAUGAUGUAGAUCUUAUUGUUGGUGAUGACGAUGAUUAUGAUGAUGUUGAUGUUGAUGGUGGUGGUAGUAGUACCGGUGGUGGUGGUGUUGGACAAACACAAUCAAGCAAUUGUCAACUACAUGAGACUGGAGAUUCUAAAUCUAAAGAAACUGUAAAACAAAUUCGUUCCAAAAUUAAAGAAUUAGAAAAACGUUGUGCAUUACAAUUAUUAAGACAUGAAGAAAUUUUAUUAGAAAUUGAAGAUGUACGUAAACGUAGUUGUAUCCAAUCCAAUAAUUCAUCAAUGAUGAUGGCAACAACAACAACAACAUUGAAUUCUAUAAAAAAUCAAUUACAUAAUGAUAUUGAUUCAAUUAAUCAAUCAACAUCAUCAAUAUCUUCUUCUUUAAUCAAUAAUAAUAAUAAUAAAGUUUAUGGUCGGUUAUUACAAUUAGGCCAACCGAAUAAAUUAAAACAAGAUUAUAUACAAUCUUAUGAAAUGGAUUCAUCAUUAUUAUUAGAUCCAUCAUCUUCGACAUUAGAUCUAAUAGGAUUAAAUAAACAAAUGGCGAAUAAUAAACAAGUUAAAGGAAGAUUAUUUCGUAGUAAUACUGAUCUACAAAUACCAGAAGGUGAUGAUCCAAAUUUAGUCGAACUAUUUCAAGUUAUUGAAGAAUCUAACAAAUCAACCGAUGUUCCAGCACCAAGAAUGAUAACAUUAGAACGUCAAUUAUUUCAAAGUGUAUUGAUUAGUUGGAAAUCACCAGAAUUAAAUUCAAUGAAUGAAAAUAAAAUUGUAUCUGCAUAUCAUAUUUAUGUUGAUGGACAAUUUCGUUUAGCUGUUAUGGCUAAAGAAAAAACUCGUGCACUCAUUGAUAAUGUGGAUGCUGAUAAACCUCAUCGAAUUUCAAUUCGAUCUAUUUCUUCACAUGGUCAAUCUAAAGAUGCACAAUGUACAUUAGUUGUAGGUCGUGGUAUGACUGCUACACCAGCUCGAUUAAAAGCUACACAAAUUGGUACUAAAUCAGCUAAAUUAAGUUGGAUUCCAGGAAAUAGUAAUUAUUAUCAUCGAGUUUACUUAAAUGAAACUUCAUUACAUGUAUGCAAACCUGGUGUAUAUAAACUGCACUUAACUGAUUUACCACCAGAUACUUUGCAUCAAGUAUGUGUUCAAGCUUUGCCAUCACCAAUUAGUGUACAAGAAUCAGCUCAGCAAUCUCCACCUUGGAUUAAUACUGCCUGGAGUGGUGUACAUACACAGAAACUAGCUGCUUUUAUCGAAUUUCGUACAUUACCUAUAGGCUUACCAGAUCCUCCAAGUCAUGUACAAAUUGAGGCUGGACCUCAAGAUGGCAUGCUACUUAUCACAUGGCUUCCAGUUCCACAAGAUAAAAAUGCAGUAGAAGCUGUUACAGCUGCCGGUGCUAGUAGUAGUUUACCAGUACAAGGAUAUACUGUUUGUUUGAAUGGUCAAGCAAUUAUGGAAAUGAAGGGAGCUUCAAGAGAUCAUGCUAUAUUGAAAUUAUCUACAAUUAGAGAUCAUAUUCAAAGAUUAUUCAAUAAUUUUACUCAAUCAUCAAUCGAUAUUUAUGAUCAUAAUAAUAAUAGUUCAAAUAAAUUUUCAACUACAUCACCAUUAAUUAUAGAAUUAUAUAUAACUGUACAUUCAACAAUUCCAACAGAAUUAUCAUCUAAAGAAGAAAUAAAUACACUUAAAGAAUGUACAUUAUUAAAAGGUUCAGAAGGUCCUGCAUCGAAACCAAUACAUUUAACUGCAUGUUUAUUAAUUAUGGCAGCUGGUUCACUUGAAACAGCUUAUAAAGUAUUUGGUCCUAAUCUUGCAACUAAACUUGGUAUAAAUGAAAAUACAGCUAAACUAGCUGGUGUAUCUUUAUCACUUGAUGGUUUACAAGAGACAACUACACGUGCAAAUAAUCAAAAUGUGGAAAAUAUCAAUUCAGAUGAAGAUCAUGGAUUAUUAGUUGUAUCAGCUGAAAAUGUUGUACGUAAACCUAGUCCAACAGCUGAUGCUUUAGGCUCAGCUGAAGCCUUAUUACUUCGUCGUAAGUUAGAAAAACAAGAGUUAAAAGACGAUAAUAAUGAUCAUGAUCCACAUUCAUUAGCUGAUCAUAAUCCAUUAACUAAAAUAAAUCAUUCUAAUCAAAAUAUAUCAUCUACACAAAAAUCAUCAAUAAAUCAAUAUAAUCAAUAUUCCAAAUUUGAUAAUCCAUAUCAUUUACAAGAAACAAAAUCAAAAUUUGAUCAAACUAAAUCCAUAUCAGAUGAUUAUGACUUAAAUAGUAUAAAAGAUCAUUAUUAUUAUUAUAAUAGUGAUCAUGAAGGAUCAUUCAAUAGUUCUAUAUCAAGUGAUACAUCAAUAAUAUCCAAUCAUAAUAAUCAUCAAUGGUUUCGUACAUCAUCCUCAUAUAAUUUAACAGCGGAUUAUCCAAAUCGUCAAUGGAAACCACGUGGUGUAUUAAGGCAUCAUUUAAAUAAAUCUUAUCCAUAUGAAUAUUAUAAUUCAUUAGGACAAUUUAAUAAAAGGGAUAGAAUUCAAUCGAAUAAACAUAUACAUUAUUUUUAUAAUCACAAUGAUAAAAUGUAUCCUCUUCAUAGAACUCAACAUUUAUAUAAUGAUCCAAAAUCAUUUAAAAGUUAUACUUAUCAUGGAAGAAUAUCACCAAAGCAUCAAUCAAACCGUUUAUUUAAUCAAUAUAUCAAUAAUCAAUAUCCAAUAAUAUCUUCAUCAUCUAAUAAUAAUACUAAUAAUAAUCAUGAUGAUGAUGAUGAUGAAAAAUAUUUAAAUAGAAUAAAAGCGAAUCAACAAAAUUAUAUGAAUCAAGUUGUAUACCCUAAACCGUAUUCCAUAAAUAUAAGAAGUCAUAGUACUAGUCCUAAACAAUUACAUAAAUUGAAUAGAUCUAUAUAUUCAUCUAGAAAUAAAGAAAUCGAUUAUAUUAUAUCAAAAAGACCGAUUCAUAAAAGAUCUAAAUAUUAUCGUCCAUUACCAUUAGGAAUUGAACAUCAACAAUGGUCAAUUAAAGAUAGGUAUUAUUCUGGCCAUGUUAAUCCUCAUGAAAAUCUCUCAUUACCGGAAAUUCAAAUAACACGGAAUAGUAGCUUAUCAGACAAUGAACCUCAAUUCCAAGCAAAUGAUCACUAUCAACAACAGUCACGAUAUUCCUACCAGGAUUUUCGUGGACCAACUAGACCUAUUCGAUCUCGUUUUAUGGAUACCAGACGACAUGGUUCAUAUGAUCCACAGAUGAGCGUUUCUAACUUCUCAACAACACGUCAUGAUCCUGAUUAUCCACGUCCUGUAAUACCAUCAGAUACAUAUACAUCUGGACCGAAGAGACCGUUUCAUUAUAACAUACCGUCACCAGCAUCCGGUCCUAUACCUCAACAUGAAUACAGACCUUCAUUUAAUCAAGUCAACAUGAAAAACUGUAGAUCAGGCGAUCAAGGAAAUGGUUUAAGACAAACAGUCGGAUCACAAUAUUCACGAUCAAGUAAAUCAUUUGUACAAAAUGAACAACAAUAUGGCAGAAAUCAAAGAAAUAUUAAUGAUGAUUAUUCAAAUCGAAUGGGCCAUAGUGAAUUGAAACCAAUACAAGUUGUAGUAGCCCUGUAUGAUUAUGAUCCAACUACUAUGUCACCAAAUAUUGAUGGUGCACAAGAAGAAUUACCAUUUCGAGAAGGACAACUUAUCAAGAUUCUUACAGAAUGUGAUGAAGAUGGAUUUUAUCUUGGUGAAUGUAAUGGUCUACGUGGAUUAGUUCCAUCAAAUAUGGUUUCUGAAUUACAAUCACAUUCAUUAAGAUCACAAAAAAUUAAUCAUUCAAUAGAUUCUCAUUCAAAUCUAAUAGAUAUGAAUCAACAAUCAUCAGAUCAACUUAAUAAAACUUAUUCAACUGAUAUUAAUUUACAUGGACAAAUGAAUUCACCAACUCAAAAUUAUUAUACAACUAAAAAAUAUGAUCCAUUAAUUUCACAUACUAAUUCUGUUCCUCGAAAUAUAGAUUUUAUGAAUGAACAUUCAUAUCAUCCACAAAUGGCAAUACCUGAUUAUACUGAAAUAAAAGAUUUACAAUCUAAUGAAUUAGAACAAGAUCGUAAUCUUCAUUAUUCACAAUCUCAAACAAAACAUACUACUGCUACUACUACUUCUACUACUGUUACUACUACUAUUACUACUACUGAAUUAAGUCAAAAUACAAUGAAUCAAAUCAUACCAAAUACAUUACAUCAUAAACCACCAAUGGAAUCAAUACAACAACAAAUGAAUCAACAAUCAAAAAUUAUGAUUGCCAUUUAUGAUUAUGAUCCGCAUAUAUUAAGUCCUAAUCCAGAUAUUGAUGCUGAAUUAUCCUUUCGAGCAGGUGAACAAAUUCUCAUUUAUGGUAAUAUGGAUGAUGAUGGAUUUUAUUAUGGUGAAACAAAAGAUGGUCGUCGUGGUCUUGUGCCUUCAAAUUUUUUAAAUUCUUAUAAUAAUGAAAUUCAUUAUUUAAAUAAACAAAAAAAUUUUACAAAUUUACAUGAUUAUGAUCAAGAUAAAAUACAAAAUCAUAAAGAUCAAUCAUAUUCAAUGGAUCCAUUAAUUCGAACAUCAAAUCGAACAAAUUCAUCACAAUUACAUAAUAAUAAUACAAAUUAUGUUAGAAAUACGAGAUCAGAACCAAAUUCUGAUCGAACUAAACUUGUGCAUAAUACACGAUCCAGUUCACCUUGUACACAAACAAGAUCAUAUACUACUUCUAAUAAUGAUGCUGUAAUAAGCUCAAACAUCAAUUCAACAAAUUAUCAUCGAGAUGAAUUACCUAUGAAUGAUAUGGAACGUUUUCCAGAGAAUGAAGAAAAUCCAAUAAUUGUAAUGGAUUUAAAUCCGAUAUCAAACAAUUCACAUAGAAAAGGUAAGUCAAAUAAAGAUUAUGAUACAACUUAUAUGAAUCAACGUGAUACUGAUGUUCAUGAUAACUAUAUAGCAACAACUGGUCCUAAUUAUACACAACGAAGACGUUCAACAAUACGAAGUUUAUUUAAAAGAGAAUAAAUUCAAAUUCUUUCUUCAUCUUUUUUUUUACUUUCUAUUUUCUUUUCUCUGAAAACGAAAAAGAAGAAAGAGAGAAAAAAGAAAAAAGAAGAAAAAAAUAUUGUCUAUGAUAAUAAACUUUAAAUAAGAUCAUAUUAUCAACUUACAUUGUUACUAUACACAUUACUGUGAUAUUGUAUUGUUUCCAUAAAACACUUGUACACAAACUUGAAUAUAUACAUAUACAUACAUACAUACAACAUGGAUCUAUUUCAACUGCUUGCUUAUUUUUCUAAUAUGAGUAACAUAAAAGUGUAAUGACAAAAGUAACUGACAAACAAAAGGAUCAAAACGAAAAAAAAGAGAGAGAUCAGUGUUCCCACAUUUUAUUUUUUUGGGGUGGGGGAAGAGGGGGUGAAUGCAUAUGCAGUACUAAAUUAAUACAACUUUGGUUUAAUUGUUUACAAUUGUGUGUAUAAAAGAGAAGAUUCCGUUGUUUGUUUGUUUUUUUGAAAAGAAAAAGAAAACAGAACAAAAACGAAAAACGAGUUAGCAACUCAGUUGAGUUUGAAAUAUAAAAGAAAAAAAUAAAUAAAGGAGCAAAUCAUGGAUAACAAUAAGAGGAUAUAUAUAUAUAUAUGACCAUUUUAAAAACAACAACAACAAAACCAAAGAAACUACAUUUUCCAAUUCUCUAUUCCCAUCCACAUCCGUUACCUUCCAUUCAUUUAUCCAUCAAGAUCAACUUUUGUAGAAUAAAAGAAAAGUUUUUUUUACAGUAAAAUCUAAAUUCCAUUUCUCUUCUUAAUUUUCUUUCUUAAUUUUUGUAUCAUAUUUGUAAUGGAUAUUAUUAUGUAGUUUGAGAUGUAGUAAUGUAUAUUUUAUUUUGAUGGAGUUUUGUUCUCUAAGCUGAAUGGGUUAGGUCAUGGAGCUUUCAUUGUUCUUCUGAAUGAUAUCAUCAAUAGCACAAACUUUAGGUAGAAGUGAAGUGUUUAAAUUUCUUCCCAUAUGGCUCAUAGCUUGUCCUGUAGACCUCGAUGUUGAACUACAUAUGGAGAAAUUCGAACAUUUUAUUUCUAUCCGAAGUUUGUGCUGCUGCUGAUGAUGUCAUUCAAAAGAACGAUGAAUGCUCAAUGAUCAAACUAUCCAAUUCAGAGAAUAAAACUCCGUCAAAAUCAUUCACCUGAGCUAGAAAUCUUUUUCAUCAUCUCAAAAUGCAUAUUUUAUUACUAAACGAUUGAUAUUUGAAUUUAGAAAAUUGAUCCUUAAACUUUAUAUGACAAUCAUAAAUGUGAUAAGAUUAAAGACAAUAGACAAGAAACAAUAAAUCUAGAAUUCAAUGUUACCUUUAUGGUUAUUAACAAAUUGUAGUAAUUCUAGUUUAG